UCAUGAUUAAUGAUUCUCACCUAAUGAAAUCGCCAAUCACUUAAAGAAAAGUAGUGUUCAUAUUAAAUGAAGAAUUCUGAGUACGAACCUCAACGUAUUCUUGUAGGCGUUACAGGAGGAUCUGCAGCUGGAAAAACUACACUUUGUGAAACAAUCAAAAGGGAAAUCCAAUACGAUUCUGAUGUUGACAUGACUAUUCUUUCAUGUGAUUCCUUUUAUAAAGGAGUAGACAAGUCUAAAAUUGAUAUUUCUUAAUAUAACUUUGAUCAUCCAGAUUCAUUGGAUUUUGAUAAUGCCUUUGAAGUCAUUUCUACAUUAUUGUCAGGAAAGCCAGCAUCAGUUCCAAUUUAUUGUUUUGUGAAUCAUAAAAGAUUAGAUCAAUGUUCAAUAAUGCUUCCUGCAUAAGUUAUAGUAUUUGAGGGUAUCAUGGCACUUUAUGAUGAAAGAAUAAGAGAGUUAAUGUCUUAUAAAAUAUUUAUACAUUGUGAUGGUAAAUGUUAAUAAUAAAUAAAGAUGAUAUACGUUUAUGUCGUCGUAUUCUAAGAGAUGUAAAAGAGAGAGGAAGAACUGUUGAGAGUGUACUAUUUUAGUAUAGUAAAUUUGUGAAAAGAUCAUUUGAGAAUUUUAUAUCACCUUUGAUGAGUUAAGCUGAUUUAAUUAUACCAGGACAUAGAUAAAAUCAUGUUUCUGUUGCUUUUAUAGUAAACCAUUUGAAAAACAUGGCUAAAUAGAAUGGAUUAUUAAGAGAAAAAUUAAAUACUUUACUCUACUUUGGUGAUUUAUUAUAUUCAAUUGAUGGAUUCAUGAGAAAUAGAACAAAAGUAGACUUUUCAAAUCCAAAUGCAACAUUUAAAUAAUUAUUCUUUCCUGAAGAAAAUAUGAAACCCGAUUUUCUUUAUCUAACAUAAAAUUUUAUAGCUGGAAAAUUGAUUAAUGAAAAAUAAAUAUAUAAAGUGGUUAAAUCCUGUUUUAAAUAAACUUUAUUUAUGCUAGAAAAAUGCAUAUAAUAAGAUAAAUAUGAAAUAGAUUAAGUUUAAUGUGUUCAUCUUAAAGAAAUAUUAUCAAGUAAUUUUAAAAUUAAAGAGAAUACUCAAUUUAUAGUAUUGGCUAUUCCAUUAUUAUUUAAAAAUGGUUUAGUAUAAUUACAUUAAAUUGAAGAGAAGAUUAAAUAGUUUUAAUAAGUAUUUAUAAAAUUAAUUUAGGUAUAAUUAAUAGUUGUGAAUGUAUUUUCUGAUAUUAAAACCAUUACAGAUAUAAAUUGGACAUUAAAAAAAUUAAAAAUAUAUAUAAAUGCCUUUUUAGUUGGUAAGUUGGAUAAGUUUUUGUAAAUAAUGAAUUUAUCUUUGAAAUCUGAACCAGAUUUGUAAUAUGGGCAAGACAAAUUCUUUUAAAAGUUAAAUAGAUUUAUAGAAAAAAGACAAACAAAAAAGAAUUGA